CAGCCUCCUGUCUCGGGAGUGACUGCACCUGCUCAGCAUCGAGUACAAUACACUAUGUCGGUCGCUCAUUCUACCAGACCGGUCCCACCCUAUCAGCCCUUCCAAUGUUCCAUCUGCCAGAGCCGCUUCACCAGACAUGAAAACCUCAAGCGCCAUGCUGCCCUGCACUCGCGUUCCUCGGGUGAAGUCUCGUUGGCCUGUGGCCAUUGCAGCGCGACCUUCUCGCGUCCGGACUUGCGCAAUCGGCAUAUGAAGCGGAAGCACCCCGAGCACCACGAGAGACGGACAGCCAAGAGAAGAAACUCGCAAAAUAAAGGUGACCAGUCAUGCUCGAUUCAUCAGCUCCAGCUGGCUGGCGACGAAUACGAGACGGCGAGGACGAGCCGACAUUCUCCCACCUCCAGCAAUAAAUCACCCGGUGUAUCGGACUCUCCGGCUCGAUCUCCAUCCAGUACCUCGCUGCCCGUACAAGACGAUUGGUUUCCGUCCGACCUGCAGAUCCGUCGGGGAUGCGAUCUCUUCUUUAACCAUGUCUCCUGCUUUCUCCCUUUCCUGCAUCAAGCAACUUUCGAUACUACGCAGGUAUCCGCACAUCUCAUCCUGAGUAUUCUCAGUCUCUCCUACCAAUAUGGUGACGAUCCGGAACGAGAGGACGAAUCCGGGUCUGGCGCCACCCUGUCGGUGCAAUGCUUCCAUCGUGCUCGUGCUCUCAUUCCCAGCCAUGAAGACGACGCCGACGACACCAUCGAGAUCACUUCGCACCUGAUCACCAUCCAAUCCUACCUCCUCCUCCAGAUCUGCGCCAUGAUGUAUCUCUGCGGCGAGAGCUCGACCCAAGGCCUCAAGAUGCACACUGCAAUGAUCUCCCUCGCCCGGUCCGCAGGCCUCAUGCAACCAACCCCGACCUCCUCUUUAGCCUCAACCUCCGACCUCGACUCCCUCUGGCACGCCUUCAUCCACGCCGAAUCGCACAAGCGAACCAUCUUUGCCGUCCACCAGAUCGAUGCCCUGUAUUACCAACUCCUUUCCAUCCCACGCUGCAUCUCCCACCUGGAAAUCAAGCACGACCUCCCCUGCCCCGAGAACCAGUGGUCCGCCUCGACGAGCGCCGAAUGGGCCCAUCUGCAACUCACCUCUCGCUCCGCCACCACCGCCAAAACCCCCACGCUGCAGUAUGCCGACGCAAUCCGACAUUUCUUAUCCCCCACCGCCGACGUCCAACCCAUCGCCCCCUUCGACCCCUACGGCGCCAUCAACAUCGCGCAGUUCCUCAUCUCCAGCGCCCGCGAGAUCUCUGGCUGGUCCACGAUGACGGGGAUGUUGAGCAUGGAGCGGUUCGGGGCGCUGCGCUCGUCCCUCGCAGCGCUGGGUCCAUACCUCCGUCCGGAGGAUGAUCUCGUUUCUACGGCAGAAGGCAUGCCCAGAGCGACCAGUGUCCGCACCAUCACCUGUGCCGCAACGUGGGAAACGGCCAUGCUCGAGCUCCAGAUGUGGUCUCCGUUGCACACGGGGGGCAUCGUCGGGGCGAGCAUCGACACGUGGCUGCAGCAGUCGACGCGGCUGGCGCCGACCUCGUGCGAGGUGCUGUGCGAGGUGGACACGGUGGUGCAGGCGGUGCAGCCGCACGUGGACUGGUUUCUGGGGUACUUGGACCGGUGCGCGGCCCUGCAGGCGGAGGCGCCGUGGGUGUUGCUGUACGCGUACCAGGCGUUCUUGGUGGCGUGGCAGCUGGUGCGGUGGGGGGUGCCGGGGGCGAUGGGGGUGGUCGGGGUGGCGGAUGGUGACGGGGAGGGGGCGCUGCACUGGGCCAGGACGGUGUUUGGGCGGCGUGAACGGUGGCAGAUAGGGCGGUUGAUCAAAAGAUGUCUGGACGAGCUGGGGAGGGGGUGUAGUUGA